GCCAUUCUGUAUGUCAUAACACAUACACAACAAACACAUCACUCGUUAUGUUAUAACAAAUUCAUUGUUUUUAUUGUCAUUUAAAUGUUUUAAUUCAUUAUUAAUUAAUCAAAACAUUAGAAAUUAAUUAAUGUAUUGAUUGUAAUGUGAGCUUAAAGUGAUUGAUAGACAGAAAUGAUAUAAAAAUCCAUUCAAUAGUAUUAUUAAUGACUGAAAUUGUGAACAAAUUUUUAGAUAAUAUUAAUGUUUUUGUAUAUAAUUAGCGCUGAAUUUGUUAACAAUUAUAUGAAUUUAUAUAAAUUGAGUCAAUCUUUAGGUAAUUAUACGUAUUAUAGGCUCAAUAUAUCGUCGAUCGAGAACUACGUUGACAUCGAUGUCUUAAAGUGGUUCAUAUGGCUCUUCACCCCUAUUGUGAUAACAUUUCUUUUGCCGGUUUUGAUAAUAUUGUUGUUGUAUUUGUCGGCUCUUAUAAUCUUCAUAUACAGACACAGACAACGACUGGAUUUGUCUAAAAUCAAAGACGCCAUCGAAAGGAAGCACUAUUGGGACGGAGCUCUUCACGCGGUGGCCGUCCUCUGGGAGGCUCACGGAUACGUAUGGCACGGAUAUGAAGUGAUCGGUUUGGACAACAUUCCC